AUGGUGGCCGUGCCAGAGCUCGCGCGCGUGCCGUUGGCGGUGGCCGGAGCUCACCUCCUCGCGUCACCUCCACGCGCGCUGCGGCAGAUCCACGGUGAGGACCGGCUGUGGCAGCUCCACGCGGGCCGCCUCCUGGCUCUCACCGCCGCCGUUGGGGACGAGGCCGCCUCCCUGCACGCUGGGGCCCUCGCCGUCGCCGUUGGGGCUCGUGUCGGUGUGCGGCGCCGGUCACCGGUGAGUGGAACACGGCAUGCAGCGAGCCGGGUCCGCGUGGCUGGCGACCGAGGCGGGUCCGCUCCUCGCAUCUUCGUCUUCGGCCUCACCGUGCCCAAUGGCCCUGUCGGCGUCGCCAUCGUCGAGAAGGUGGAGGACUUCGUGGUGGGCAUGCUGCUGCCGCUCUUCUUCGCCAUGAGCAGGCUCCGCACGGACACCACCAAGAUCACCAGCACGCCCGCGGCGGUGCUAGUGAUGGUGGCCGCUCUGGCCGUGGCCAUCCUCAAGGUGGCCACCGCCGUUGACGUCGCCGCCGUGUUCGGGGGGCAGCUCCACUCCGACCACAGUGCCACCUCAUCCAGGCGAAUGCGCGCGAGCUCGCGGUGA